AUGGCAAAUGGAUCCUGCGUGUUUAUGCUCUCAAAGAGUUUAUUAAUGUUCUUGUUUCGUCUUUUUUCCAGCGCUUUUUUCAGUCGAUUUUGUGCAGCUCGAUAGCAUUGUCUAGCCUCUGGAGUGUGGGUCAAGAGUUAUGUUCUUGUCUCUGCCUCUGGCGAUUAUGCUGUCCGUUGCCAAAAUUCGGUGGUCUUACUUUCGAAGAUGCGGCAUCUGCAGCUGCUUGUAUAUUUUUCAAUAAUAUACUCACAGCAUCGUCAAUGUCAAUGGCCACGUUUAUCUCAGUGUUCAAGUGGAUGACGUUCUCAAGCGUAGACUGGAAACAUCUGAUAUCAGCGCCUCUGGCCAGAAGCCUGGAAUUUUCUCUGUGACAGCGCAAAUUGUCGUUUAGGCUGUCAUAAAGUUCGAUUUUCAACUGCAAAUGGUCAGAGCUAAGCUCAGCGCUGGACGAUAUGUGUGUGAAAUUGCCAUCAAUGCCGCUGGUGAUGGCAAAGUCAAUGGCCGACGGGCGCUUUCUUCUGUCGUGCGGAUAGUGUGUGGCUUCCAUAGAUAGCCUCGUACAAUGUCCUACCCCUCUGACACGCACGUGGGUUUCCCCACCACGCAUGCUUCGCAUUCCAGUCGCCACACAGAAGGAAGCGGGCCGCUGUAUUGCCAGUUUUCAGCAAAAUGGGUGCGCAUUGUAUGGCUUCUUCGUUAAUUGGCUGCAGUGCCGAGUGGCUAAUACGAGAACGUAUCAUGAUGACAGCACCUCCUUUGCGAUGUGUGCUCGGAUUGACGGCAAAGUAAGUGACAAAUCCCGGCAGUUCGAACACACUGUCAUUAGCUGGCGCUCGCGUUUCGACAUUCCAGAAGGCAAUUUUGAGGGGAGUACUGUUUUGGCUGUCUGGAUCUGGCAGCACUCUUGGAAUUGGGCCUGGGCCAGAGUCUAGAUUUGGAUAAAAUGCAGCGUCAUUUAUGUCAUUAAACA